AAGUAGAGAGGUCACAGGUAUCUUGUGGGCUGUACAGGGACAUGCAACAAACAGGUCCAGCAGCACAGCGGCAUAGAAAACAAAAAGUGUGCAUUUGUGUGUGUAACAGACAGGAGAAGCAUUAGACAAACAUGGAUCACCCCCCGCUUCUCUGACAGAGUCAGUGGGGAGGCAGGACAGGUAGAUACCAUAGAAAAGAAUAUGCAUGCAGUACAACCAUGUAAGAUUCAGUUUAUUCUGACUACAAACAGAAUCUUGAGGAAGGCUGUUACAUCAGACCUUUGGAUCUUGUUUUACAAGUUGUGGUAAAUAUGGACGUUUAUGGAUCUUAUUCCACUGUACGGAUCUCCAUUGCUGAGAUGGAAUCUUACUACAGCUUCCUGGAGGUGUGUCAGGAGACUGAAUCAGCCAUACUAGGAAAUGAGAUCAUGCAGCAGGACAUCAGGCCCCUGCUGGCCGUAGACAUCAUAGAGCAGCUUCACCGCCAGUUUGCCUCGCUAUCUGGAGGGCGAGGGAAAGAUGGUGCCCCCAUCAUCACUUUCCCAGAGUGCUCAGGCUUUAGCGAAGUGCCAGAGGAAGAUUUCCUCAAUGUAGUUACUUACCUGACCAGCAUCCCCAGCCUGGAUGCUGCAAGCAUUGGCUUCAUUAUCAUCAUCGACCGGCGGAAGGACAAAUGGAGCUCAGUAAAGGCCUCUCUAUCCAGGAUCGCUGGGGCAUUCCCAGGAAAUCUUCAGUUAGUGUUGGUGCUGAGGCCAUCCAGGUUCUUCCAGAAGCAUAUAGCAGAUAUUGGGAUCAAACUACACAAGGAUGACUUCAAAAUGAAGGUACCGAUCGUGAUGCUGAACUCGCUGUCUGACCUACAUGGCUAUGUGGAUAAAAGCCAGCUGACCCGAGAGUUAGGAGGAAACCUGGAAUACUGUCACAGUCAGUGGAUACACCACCGAACAGCCAUAGAAAAUUUUGCCAUGACAGUGAAAACCACAGCCCAGAUGUUACAGAAGUUCGGGACAGACCUAGCAGAGACAGAGCUGCCCAAUGACGUCCAGUGCACCAAAGACCUCCUUACAGCACACACCGACAAACACAAUAACCUCAAGGAUGAACUGAGGCUAGCUGUGAAGCAAGGCACCACCUUGUAUAGUUGUAUAAAAGAUCAGUCAGCCAAGUCAGAGGAUCAUGAACUCAACCCUGAUGAGAUGGAAAACCAAACUACUGUGGAAAGGCUUUUGGCCCAGCUAGAUGAGACAGAAAAUGCCUUUGAACAGUUCUGGAGCAAACACCAUCUCAAACUGGAGCAGUGCCUACAGUUGCGUCACUUUGAGCAGGACUUCAGAGAGGUCAAAGUGUCUCUCGACAGCUUGAUAGACAGUCUAAACAGCCUUUCAGACACUGGGGAUUGUGUGGCCAGAGUUGAAAAAAUGCUCAAGGAGCUAAAAACACUGGAGGAGAAAGCUCAGGCCACACUGGAAAAGGCACAACUUCACGCACUGCAUGGUGACCAGCUGAUUCAGAGCAAUCACUAUGCUGUGGACUCCAUCAGACCCAAAUGUGUCGAGCUCCGUCGUGUCUGUGACGACUUCAGCAAUGAGGUCAAGAAAAAGACAGAUAUUUUGUCCAAAUCUCUGCAGAUACACCAGGGCAUAGAUAAGGUUAACCAAUGGUGUGAGUCUGGGAUCUACUUGCUGGCAUCCCAGGCUGUGGAUAAGUGUCAGUCACAGGAAGGGGCAGAGUCAGCACUGACAGACAUCGAACAUUUUCUGGAGUCAGCAGAAAAGAACCAACUGACUGAACUGAGGAACCUGCACAAUCAGUAUGAGGUUGUCUUGUCAGAGGAUAUCAAGGGUAGUGUACUGAAGGCGCUAAAGAGACUGGAAGAUGUUCAGGAGAUGUUUGAAAAGCGGCAUCUCAGUCUGAAGAGACUGUCAGCUAAACAGACAAGGCCCAUCCAGCCUGUUGCUCCACGGCCUGAAUCCUCCCCCAAACGGCCCUCAGUGAAGAACACCCCCAGGACUGCAGGAGGCCAACAGCCUCUUGCUCGCAGAGCUUCCGAUAAUUCUAACAAACAGCAGGCUGAAGCUGAUCUCAACAAGAAGAAGAACAUAAGGAAGGCAAAGGGAGGAAUCAAGAUUGAGGUCAUGCAUGAAGAAAGCCAAGGAGGCUCCACACAUGUUGUUGUGACAAAUGAGACUGAGGAAAGUCUAUCCAACAGACGCAGGCAUAUCAUGACUGAACUAAUUGAAACAGAAAGGCUGUAUGUUGAGGAGCUGCAAAGCAUCAUGGAGGGUUAUUUUGCAGAGCUGAAUAACUCUGAGCUUAGCCACCUCAUGCCACCAUCACUGGAGAACAAAAGAGAUGUGCUGUUUGGAAACCUGCCGGAGAUAUAUGAAUUUCACAACAAGACAUUUCUCAUGGAGCUGGAGAACUGUGCAGAGAAACCAGAGCUGGUUGGAACCUGUUUUCUGAAAAGAAAAGAAGAGCUUCAGGUGUAUGAAAAGUAUUGUCAGAAUAAACCACGCUCUGAAAUCCUCUGGAGGCAGUGUGGGGACAGCCUGUUUUUUCAGGAAUGCCAGAAGAAGCUGGAUCACAAACUGUCUCUGGAUGCCUACCUGCUGAAGCCUGUCCAGAGGAUCACCAAAUACCAACUCAUGCUGAAGGAGAUGUUAAAAUGCAGUAACGGUGAGGGGAUGGCUGAGUUGGAGGAGGCUUUAGCCACCAUGCUGGACAUCAUUAAGUCUGUCAAUGACUCCAUGCACCAGAUAGCAAUCACUGGCUUUGAGGGAAAUCUGAGUGAACUGGGGAAGCUGCUGAUGCAGGGAUCCUUCAAUGUGUGGACUGACCACAAGAAAGGCCACAGCAAAGUGAAGGACCUGGCGAGGUUUAAGCCUAUGCAGAGGCAUCUCUUUCUGUAUGAUAAGAUGCUGCUGUUCUGUAAGAAACGAGAGGAGACCACUGAUGGACAUGAAAAGACCCCGUCCUACAGCUUCAAACACUCACUCAAGAUGAGUUCUGUGGGGAUCACAGAGAAUGUCAAAGGUGACAGCAAAAAGUUUGAGGUUUGGUACAACGGCAGAGAGGAAGUUUACAUCAUCCAGGCUCCUUCCAUGGAUGUGAAAAAUAUGUGGGUGUCAGAGAUUCGGAAAGUUCUUACAGGCCAGCUGGAAGCAUGCAGAGAAGCCAGCCAGCUCAACAUCUAUGGGGCCCCUAUGAGGAAUGUGCGGAAGAUGGCACUGAAACACUCUGAUUCAUCAAGCCCAGAGUCAGGCUUCAGGAGGUCCAACCCCAGCCCUAAUAUGAGGCAGAAGAGAGCUGACGCUUCAGCCAGCCAGUCAGGCUACUCGGCUGUUAAUGCUAGGAAGCAUUUCACCUUGCAAGGACUUUCCAACAGGAGGUCUCUUCCCGCAGAACCUGCUGCUAAAGAGGCUGAGGUCCCCCGCCGCUUCUCUCUCACUUCGUCUCUUGCUUCCUCUUCCUCCUCCUCCUUCGCUACACGGCGCACAAAAGGUCCCCUCUCUGCUAGCAUAAAGAGCAAAAGGCAUGAAAUAAAGAGUGAUCCCACUCCAUUUGGUUAUGAAGAUACAUUGCGCGGCGCUAUGGCAGCAGUCAGGAAACGUCAGAGUAUGACUAGCAGCACUUCUGCUGGUCCUGGUGGCACCUCAGCUGUCCCUAGAUCCACUUCCCAACCAGGCUGGGCCCAGCGGCGUCUUCUUUCCAUGGACACAGAGGACUUUGAGACGAUUCCCUCCAGCGCAGAGGAAUCCUCCAACUCUUCAGACGAGGAAGGCAACAAUAAAAAUGGUGACAGCAGCCGUUUCCGAGUACAGCUAACAUACGAGUCUCGUGAUCCGCAAGACCUCUCUCUGGAGACAGGUGACCUCGUCCAGUUUGUGGAGGAAGCAAAGAAUGGAAACUGGCUAGUCAAGAACCUUUUAACAGAGAAGACAGGGUUGGUCCCAUCCAGUAUACUGCAAACAGCAUCAGAAGGAGAUAUCUUCAGUGAUCUGUGUACAGCAGCUCUCUCCGACUCUGAAAAUGAAGCCAGUACAUGGGGAGAUGUGUCUCAGGACAGCAAAUAAACAUGGAUGACCACUAUAGUUCAUUAUAUUUAACUACAAAUAUGGCUGAUGACUAUAACUGUAGGUUUUUUUAACUGUAAUUUCCUAAGCUGGACAAUUCUAGGUUUUCUACUUGUAGCUCUCAUUAAUGAAUUUGCAAAUAUGGCCUGCUAUUGUUUUUCAAAUGUAGUUUUUUUUUAGAAAAAAGCCUGCCUGAAUGCCACAGUAGGAAAGCCAUAUAAGGUUUUUAAUUCAAGGAAGUGCCAGCAUGUCUCUGUGGGGAACUGAAGCUUUCAUGGAUGCUGAACUGAAAGUUAAAUCAUUACUUUCUGUGGAGAAUGCUGGAUGCCUGGAAAUGUAAAACCUUUUCUGACCUGGAUAACCUUAGGGAAAGUGACAAUUUCCAUGUGCUGGUUGUAAGCAGGCUUUGGGGAGGCGGCCUGGUUUGCUGUUACCCUGCACUGAAGCAGAACUCUUUAAGAUCAAAUUCUUACACUGAUGCCCAAAUGUUUCAGCAUUUCAUGUUCAAAAUAUAUAUAAUUAAUUGCAAGUUGUUUUCUUUGGUUUUCUCAAUCCUAGUGGAGCACGCACAAGAAUUAUAUCAAGUAUAGAGUUGCUUCAGAGACUAUUCUGACUACUCCUAUGUUUUCACACUCGUACAGGUUUUCAACCACCAUCAUGUGUGUCCUUUGCAUGUUUUCCCUGUGUUUGCGUGGGUUAUCUCCGGAUACUCCAGCUUCCUCCCACAGUCCAAAGACAUGCAGUUAGUGAGGAUAGGUUGACUGGCAACUUAAAUUGCCCCUAGGUGUGGUUGCAGAUGUGAAUGUGAAUGCAAAUGGUUGUCUGUGUCUAUGUGUUAGCCCUGCGACAGAUUGGCCACCUGUCCA